ACAGCCUGCUGUAAAGGAGCAGAAAAUCAAAACCUCGAAACAUGUCAGUCUUCCCUUGACUAUAUGUUAUAUUUUAUAUAUUUCCAGCAUGACAGUGAGCGUAAUAAACCUCUGAUUGUGUAAUUCUGUAGAAGGCUCGACACAUCGCAUUACAGUAAGAUGGAAACUCUGAUCCCCAUCAUUAACAGGCUGCAGGAGGUUUUCUUCACACUUGGAGCCGAGAUCAUCCAGCUUCCUCAGAUCAUAGUCGUGGGAUCACAGAGCAGUGGGAAGAGUUCAGUACUGGAGAGUUUGGUUGGACGAGACUUUCUGCCCCGAGGCUCAGGAAUAGUGACUCGUCGCCCUCUAGUGCUGCAGCUGGUGAACGUGCCUCCACUGGAGGAGAGGCGCAAACCAGACAAUGGAAAUGGAGCUAAACAAAACACCCAAAACAAUUAUCCAGGUAUCAAAGCAGAGGAAUGGGGCACCUUCCUUCACUGCAAAAACCAGACUUUCACAGAUUUCAGUGAAAUCCGGAAAGAGAUCGAAGAGGAAACGGAUCGCAGUACCAAUAAUAAGGGCAUCAGUCGUGAGCCCAUUUACCUGAAGAUCUUUUCCCCUAAUGUACUCAGUCUGACAUUAGUUGACUUGCCUGGCAUCACUAAGGUCCCGGUUGGUGACCAGCCUGAAGAUAUUGAGACUCAAGUCCAAGAGAUGAUUCUGUCAUACAUCUCGAACCCCAACUCCCUCAUCCUGUGUGUUUCUCCUGCAAACUCUGACCUCGCCACAUCGGAUGCCCUUAAACUGGCACGAGAUGUGGACACAGAUGGUCGCAGGACGCUGCUGGUGGUCAGUAAGCUGGAUUUGAUGGAUGCGGGGACAGAUGCUCUGGAGGUGCUGUUGGGCCGGGUUAUACCCGUGAGACUGGGCAUUAUUGGUGUGGUUAACAGGAGCCAACAUGACUUGAACACCCAAAAGAGUCUCGCCGACUCCUGCAAAGACGAGCAGGCAUUCCUGCAGCGGUAUUACCCGUCAUUAGCCUCCCGCUGCGGCUCCCGCUACCUGGCUCGCACCCUGAGCCGACUGCUCAUGCAUCACAUCAGAGACUGUCUCCCAGAGCUCAAGACACGAGUCACAGUGCUCACGGCGCAAUACCAGUCCCGACUCCACAGCUACGGCCAGCCUGUGGAAGAUCACAGCGCCACCUUACUGCAGAUCGUUACCAAGUUUGCCAGUGACUACUGCAACACCAUCGAAGGCACUGCCAGGCACAUCCAGACCUCUGAAUUGUGUGGAGGAGCUCGUAUCUGUUACAUAUUCCACGAGACGUUUGGAAGAACCCUGCAGUCUAUUGACCCACUUGGAGGACUCACUGAGCUAGACAUUCUCACAGCUAUUCGAAACGCUACGGGUCCUCGGCCUGCACUGUUUGUUCCUGAGAUCAGUUUUGAGCUGCUGGUGAAGAAACAGAUCAAGAGACUGGAGGAGCCCAGCCUGCGCUGUGUGGAGCUCGUACACGAGGAGCUUCAGAGAAUCAUCCAGCACUGCUCUGCCUACAGCACACAGGAGCUUUUGCGGUUUCCCAAACUGCAUGACUCAAUAGUGGAGGUUGUUACCAGCUUACUCAGGAAACGCCUGCCCAUUACCAAUGAGAUGGUUCAUAAUCUAGUUGCAAUUGAGUUGGCCUAUAUAAACACCAAGCAUCCUGAUUUCACAGACGCUGCCCAAGUGUCUGCAUCUGUCAACAGCCAGCAGGCGGAGGCUGGGGAUGGAGGUAAGCGAUGGAAGAAUGAGAAGAUGCCUUCGGAGGAGAAAGGCCCUGUGCUGGGGUUUGGGAGUCCCAGUAAAGCCAUCAACCUGCUGGACACGGCCGUGCCAGUAUCCCGCAAGCUGAGCACUCGAGAGCAGAGGGACUGUGAGGUCAUCCAGCGUCUCAUUAAGUGCUACUUCCUGAUCGUGCGCAAGAUCAUCCAGGACAGUGUGCCAAAGACGGUGAUGCACUUCCUGGUGAACUUUGUGAAAGAGCAUUUGCAGAGUGAGCUGGUGGGUCAGCUCUACAAACAGCGUCUGCUGCAGGAGCUGCUCAUCGAGUCUCAGGAAACAGCUCAGCAGCGCACAGAGGUUGCACAGAUGCUGGAGGCGCUCAAGAAAGCCAGUAGCAUUAUCUCAGAGAUCCGGGAGACUCAUCUUUGGUAGCCAAACGUCCUCAUGAACAUUCAGUCCAGGAAAGUGUUUACAUGUUUGUGCGUGCUGUAUGUGUGAGUGUGUGAUAGAAGUCAAAUACACCAUCUGAAGAAAUGCAAUGCCUCUGCGAGCAUGAACAAUCAACAAAAUGUGUACAGUUUUACAAAUGCUCCUUAUUUCUAUCGUAUAUGCACUGAAUUCAUGUUUGAGGUCAGAAGUGU